UCGGCCUUUUCGAGGACAGGGACUCGGUUGCCGGGGCGACAGAGGAACAUACGGCCUAGGCUGACUCUGCCGCCCUGACAUCAAGGCCUUGCGCUGCCUGAGAUGUCUGUCUUGCAGCUCCCAGGCUGGCUGGUAGCAUGGAGGGGAGAGGCCUAGCCCUGAGGAAAGAGCGCCUGUGAACCACGAAGCAAAUGGACAUCAAAGGCCAAUACUGGACUGAUGAUGAUUCUGAUGGAGAAAAUGAGUCGGAGGAAUUUUUGUACGGAGUGCAGGGAACCUGUGCGGCGGACCUGUACCGCCACCCGCAGCUGGAUGCAGACAUUGAGGCUGUGAAGGAGUUGUACAGUGAGAAUUCUGUGUCUGUCCGAGAAUAUGGGACCAUCGAUGAUGUGGAUAUUGACCUGCAUAUCAACAUUGGCUUUCUAGAUGAGGAGGUGGCGACAGCCUGGAAGGUCCUACGGACCGAGCCCAUUGCCCUCCGGCUGCGGUUCUCCCUUUCCCAGUAUCUGGAUGGCCCCGAACCGUCCAUUGAGGUUUUCCAGCCAUCCAAUAAGGAAGGGUUUGGAUUGGGCCUACAGCUGAAGAAGAUCCUGGGAAUGUUCACAUCCCAGCAAUGGAAACAUCUCAGCAACGACUUCCUCAAAAGCCAGCAAGAAAAGCGGCACAGCUGGUUCAAGGCCAGCGGCACCAUCAAGAAGUUCCGUGCCGGUCUCAGCAUUUUUUCGCCCAUCCCUAAGUCUCCCAGCUUUCCAGUCAUCCAAGACUCCAUGCUGAAAGGCAAACUCGGCGUCCCGGAGCUGCGUGUCAAUCGCCUCAUGAACCGUUCCAUCUCUUGCACCAUGAAGAACCCUAAGGUGGAAGUGUUUGGCUACCCCCCCAGCACCCAGGCAGGUGUCACCCCAUUCAACAUCCUGGUUGGCGGCCACUGCAAAAAUAUUCCCACCUUGGAGUAUGGGUUUCUCGUUCAGAUUAUGAAGUACGCUGAGCAGAGGAUCCCUACGCUGAAUGAGUACUGUGUGGUGUGCGACGAACAGCACGUUUUCCAGAACGGUUCCAUGCUGAAGCCAGCCGUGUGCACCCGGGAGCUGUGCGUCUUCUCUUUCUACACUUUGGGCGUGAUGUCCGGCGCUGCGGAAGAGGUGGCCACAGGAGCGGAGGUGGUGGACCUGCUGGUGGCCAUGUGCCGGGCAGCUUUGGAGUCCCCGCGCAAGAGCAUCAUCUUUGAGCCUUACCCCUCCGUGGUAGACCCCAGUGACCCUAAGACCCUUGCCUUCAACCCCAAGAAGAAGAACUAUGAGAGGCUGCAGAAGGCCCUGGACAGUGUCAUGUCAAUCCGUGAAAUGACCCAAGGAUCCUACCUGGAGAUCAAGAAACAAAUGGACAAGCUGGACCCUCUGGCCCAUCCUCUCUUGCAAUGGAUCAUCUCCAGCAACAGGUCCCACAUUGUCAAGCUACCUCUCAGCAGGCAGCUGAAAUUUAUGCACACCUCACACCAGUUCCUCCUGCUGAGCAGCCCUCCUGCCAAGGAGGCCCGCUUCCGAACGGCCAAGAAGCUGUACGGCAGCACAUUCGCCUUCCACGGCUCGCACAUUGAGAACUGGCACUCCAUUCUACGCAACGGGCUGGUCAAUGCGUCGUACACCAAAUUGCAGCUGCAUGGAGCAGCCUAUGGCAAAGGCAUCUAUCUGAGCCCUAUCUCCAGCAUUUCCUUUGGAUAUUCAGGAAUGGGGAAAGGGCAGCACCGGAUGCCUUCGAAGGACGAGCUGGUGCAGAGGUAUAACCGAAUGAACACCAUUCCCCAGACCCGAUCCAUCCAGUCCAGAUUCUUGCAGAGUCGCAACCUGAAUUGCAUCGCACUUUGUGAAGUGAUCACGUCGAAGGAUCUCCAGAAGCACGGCAACAUCUGGGUUUGCCCCGUGUCGGACCAUGUCUGCACCCGCUUUUUCUUUGUGUAUGAAGACGGCCAAGUCGGAGAUGCCAACAUCAAUACUCAGGACCCUAAAAUCCAGAAGGAGAUCAUGCGUGUGAUUGGCACUCAGGUCUAUACAAACUGAGGGGGUGGAGGACCCCCCCUCUUUCCUUCAGCACGUGC